AGCUCAGCUACAGCAGAACAGACGAGAAACCAUGGAGCGCAACAAGACGCGUUGGAGAGACUCACCAAGUGGACGGGUAAAGUGCCAGUUUCUGGUCUGUUUGUAAGUCACUUUCAGCGACAGCCGGCAUAUUUUUGUUCACCAGCAGGUGUACAUUAAGUUGUACCAAGUGUGCGUAAACUGACUGGAGAAGUCUAGGAAAGAAAACAAUCUUGGAAUGACCAGCGGCUACCAAAGAACAGGAGGAGAGAAGUAAAAAAAGAGCCCGAAGGAGAAACGAGUGCCCGUUGGAUAGAAAUGCUCUCUGUGUUGUUUUCUUCGCACAUUUCACGUUGUUUUAGGGAAAUGUCGCUGGUCUGCGCUGCGUAAAACCCCGGACUGCUUUCAUGCCACAUGCCUUGAGAAGGAACAGUUAGGCUACUUAUAUUCAGAGGAAACUGUGAGCGGAGCUGAGAUUUCAUAAAGAAGGAGGCACUGGGCUACAACUGAGGACCAGUCACUGAACAGCUACGAACCAUGGUGAAGUUUCAUAACUCGGACCUAUGGAUAGCCUGGAUGGUCAUUUUCUGCAUGGAGGGGUCAAGGUUUGAUCUACACACGGGGAAAGUGUGUGUGCGAGCGCUGGAUGUCACAGUGUCCCAGAGCAGUAUUCAGGUGGCCCGUGGCCAAGCAGCCGUCCUGCCCUGCUCCUUCACCACCAGCGCUGCCCUCAACAACCUCAACAUCAUCUGGAUGGUGAUACCACUGUCCAAUGCCAACCAGCCGGAACAGUCCAAGCAGGUGAUCAUUUACCAGGGCGGCCAGGUUUUCAGCCUCGCCAACCACCUCAAUGGCCGUGUGGGCUUCGUGGCCACUAUGCCAAGUACAAGUGCCUCCAUCUUCAUCAACAACACCCAGCUGUCCGACACUGGGACCUACCAGUGCCUGGUCAACAACCUCCCAGACAGAGGUGGGCGCAACAUCGGCGUCAUUGGGCUCACCGUUUUGGUGCCCCCCUCAGUACCAGCAUGUCGAAUCCAGGGCACGCUGGAUGUAGGCAGUGACAUCAUGCUGAUCUGCAGCUCAGAGGAAGGCAUUCCCACACCGUCCUACUCCUGGGAGAAGCUGGACGUGUUGCCCAAGCUGCCGCACAACGCCAUGCAAGACCAGAUGCAGGGCACUGUAACACUGAGAAACAUCAGCACCAGCAACUCAGGACUCUAUCAGUGUACCUCCAGCAAUGUUAUUGGCAAGAGCACUUGUCUGCUCAACCUGCAGGUCGUAGCACCCCAGCCUCAGAGUGUGGGUCUGAUAGCGGGCACCAUUGCUACAGGAGUCCUAGCUGUCAUCAUCUGUUCCCUGUUGGUGGUGGUCACACUCUUUUACUGGAAGAACAAGAACAAAUAUGAUGAGGAGGAGAUCCCCAAUGAGAUCAGAGAAGAUGACCUUCCUCCUAAGAGGUCAUCAUCAGUAAAGGCUUUCCAUGCCGAUGCCUCAUCCUCAGAGAACGACACACUGACAUCUACCAACACCUACAACAGCCGCUACUGGCACAACCCCAAACCCAACUAUGACACCAACUCCUAUACACGCUACAAUGGAGACACUCGUCAGACCUUCUCCACUGCUGCUCACGUUUCACAUGCACAUGGACAGGCUCAGAACCCAGGACACAGCCACAGUACAGUGGUCACAGCGCCAGGCUCAGCUCCUCUCUCCCGCCACGUGCAACCCACAACGGCAACGACAACACCGUUUGCCAAUGGCAGCCACACGCUCCCACCACCCAAGACUCUGGUGGUCACCACAAACUCUGCCCCAUCCCCUCCCGCCAUGGUGCGCAGCAACGGCUCUGUGAGCCUCAAACCGAUAGUGACGUCCACACACGGGCAGCACACGCACUCCUACGCAGUGAGCCAGGCCACGCUGGAGCGGAUGGGGGCGGUGCCUGUCAUGGUGCCUGCCCAGAGCAGAGCAGGCUCGCUGGUGUGAAAGCUCAUUUGGUAAACUGUUCUCUUUGAAAACCAGACUGUGUUUGAAACCCACUGAUUAAAAAAACAAACACUAAAUAUGGGCUGAAGCAGCCCGUUGCCCUUUACAACUGUGUCUUUCUUUAUGUAACACACUGGGAUUUUACAGUGCAGAGUUCAUUUGAUGCCAAUUCCUUGAUGAGCGGGACCCUUGUAGACAAGCAUCAUCCCCUUAUUGGAUUGAAUAUCCUGGCUGGUGUGGUGGGAACUAUUUUUCAACAACUUGGAUGAUUUAACAAACCUGGAGUGAAAUUUUUUGCAGAACCUGGAUUCCCUGGUCAUUUUCAGGGCUGGAUCAUUGUGAUGAUUGGGUUAUUUGUGGGGGACUCAAAGCAACACAAAGCAUUUUCAUCUAAAUGUGUUCAUUCUGCAUGGUCAGACAGAAGUGAGCUUGGAUUACCACAUAAAUGCAUGUGUCUCUUGUUUUAGGAUAACAAAUUAAAUCCAUUUUAGUUCCAAGAAUUUAAUUUCCCAGUUGUAAUUUUGAUUGACAGAAAAAUGAAAUGCUGUUGGGUGAAAGGGCCUUAGACGCUUUCAGAGAGUGGUUUUAUUGGGUGCAAUACAUUGCAUAAAAUACUUUACUUAACCAAAUGCAAACAUUUUAAUUACAUUUUUGCACUUUUUAGAGCAAUUUUAUAUCAAACCUGCUGUCUUAUAAAAUCUUACUUAGUCUUAAAUAUUGACAUACUUUAAGGCCAUUGCAUAUCAAGUCUGUAUUUUGUUUUAUAGUUAUGUACAGACACCUUGCACACUGAGGGCGUUUUCUUGCACCCGGCGCAGCUCAGCAUGAUGCCCAACGCAAGUGUCUUUGCUAGUGUGAGAACAAAACAGUUGACAAUUUUCCGUCCAGCACCCAUGUCAUUUUAAUAGCAAAUGCACAUCUUUGUGCCCAUGGCCGUGCUGGCCUUACAGGGAGGUGUGUUCAGGUGAAUUCUUGGCAUAUUCCUAUCUUGAGGCAGCGGGAAGUGAUUGCGCUAUUGACCAACAAAAACCUGAUCUAAAGUCAAUUACAUUGUUAUUGUGGUGCAUUUAUAUAGCGCUUUUCUAGUCUUAACGACUACUCAAAGCGCUUUUACAUAGUACAGGAACCAUCCAUCAUUCACACACAUUCACACACUGUAGCCACGGCUGACGUACAAGGUGUACAAGGUGAUGACCCAACUGCUCAUCAGAUAAACACUCACACACAUUCACACUCCGAUGGCGCGGCAACGGGGGCAACUCAGGGUUCAGUGUCUUGCUUAAGGACACUUCAACAUGGGACUAAAAGACAAGGGAUUGGACCACCAACCUUUCAAUUGGCAGGCCACCACUCUACCACUGAGCCACAGCCGCCCCGUUUGCUCGAACAGCAAAUUAGUAAAACGCAUUUAGGCUUAUACACAGCACGUCCACACUAUGCUUGUUAAACACACAAGGACGCACAGCAGCACACACAUGCAAAAGAUUACAACUAAAAAUGUGACAAAUACGCCAUCAUAAUAGCAAUGAGCCAAGGUAAAAUUGCGUCUGGCUGUUAAAGGGAAUGGGAGAUGACCUUCUGAUUUGGUGGGAGAUGACCCUCUGAUUUGGUUUAUUGCAUGUCACGGCCAAAACACACCUAUGAAUUAAUGAAGCCACUAAGUACAACCCUUUUGAACCAUGUGCCCAACGCAUGGACCCUGCAGAAGAGACACACCCUAAACGCACCUGCACCUUGCACUUCACCCCUUGCGCUUAGAAUGUUAAAAUAGGGCCCUGAGUCUGUUGCGUUUCAUUACUCUAUCCAUUAGGGUUGACCCUAAAGUCGAAUAGGAAUUAAUAUAUAUAUAUUCUAGGAAUAAAUAAGAGCCUGAUUAUGCCCCGUCCAGAUUAGACCAAAGAUUCUGGACAAGACGAGUGAAAACUUGCACCUACUUCUAAUGCGCUUGUCUGCAAUGUUCUGAAACCUGCCAGUUUACACCAAUGCGACAAAAUGAGAGUGUAUCAUCUUCAUAGCACAACUCUUAUGUACUUUCGUCCUAAAUUCAGACUUUCAGGUUUUUUCUGUAGCCGGAUGUCAUUUGUUGCAUCUAAAUAUGAAAGUGGAUAACGUUAGUGAUAGUGAGGUUCUUGGUACAGCUGCAUUUCUUGUGGAGCUGAAACGGCAAUAACAGCGUUUUAUUUCUCUAAUUCACUGCUUUGUUUUAACAACGCUUGGUCUCUUCAGUUACUCUCUAGCUUGUUCAACCAUACUGUGCUUGCGGGCACUCGUUGAGCCUCCGAGUCGGUUUAGACCGCUGCAACCUUUCCCUGCAACGUUCUAAACCGGUUUUGUUUCAUCGCAAGUUUUUAAAGCUUUUAAUACAUCUUUUUAAAGUGGGUAAAGUAGUCUGUAUCCAUGACGUUCCACUUCUGGGAUUGCUCCAUUGCCACCAGAAAUUCCGCCAGAUGUCACUCUUUUUGGCUGGAUGUGUGUAACCUUCUGCUGUCUUUGUGUUGGAAUUUUAAACCUGUGUUGAUUGUUGAGGACUAUGCUUAACUGCUCCUCAGAUCUCUGCAGGGUAAAGUCUGUAGUUAGACUAUCUGUCCAAUCUGAGUUUUAUGUUGCAUAACUAAAACAACCCUUGAACGUACACACAUUCAAGCAAAACAAAGGAGGCCAUUUUGCAGAGUUGCCUUUGCUUUGUCCAGCGGUUAGCACCACCCAAAACAAUUGUGAUUGGUUUAAAGUAAUGCCAAUAAACCACUGCAUCUUUCUCUCCCAUCCCAGAAUUCUGGGUUGAUUAGCCAGAACUUCCUGUUAUGCAGAGCUGUGGAGGAAGGUCUGGCAAUGCAAGACUAUGGGUAAAUAAGUCCAACCGCCCCAUGACAGGUUUAGGUUUCACUUUCCAUGAUCCGUGACCAACUGUUGCCCACACCCACAUGUAACUAUUUGUUAUGAAAAUUUGCAAUACAAGACAAAAUGGAGUUGACAAGCAGUGAGGACGAAUUCACUGUAGGUGGCCGGCUCUGUCUUUUGUUAAGUCUAUGGUUAUUUGUGAGAUUUGUGAAGAUCAGUAGGCCUACCUACCAUCCCACAUCCCUGGAAAUGAAAAAAGCACAGAAAAUGGAUGAAAAGUCUUGGAAUCAUUGUGUAAACGCAAUUCACACAGCAUUAGGUUGGAUUUGUUAUUAAUUGUAGGGAAAUUUCCGACUAAAAAUACAGACUUGCUGUGCAAAGGCCUUUUCCUAAUUAAUAUACGGUAUAGCUAAACUUUUAUCCACAUACAAAACACAAGUAAUAUUUGUAAGCAUAUACCGUAGAUGGUGAUAUAAAAAUAGCACAAGCACUGGGUUUUCACAUCAGAAAAUUACUGACCCCUCAUUUAAACUUGAAACUCCAGAAGGAUAUUGUCAUAGUCUUUGCUGUGUUCAUCCUCGCUGUUGUCUUAAUCCGGAUCAUGUCAAAUUAGUGCUGCUUUGAGAAGACGUGGCUAAGAAGAGGUCUUAGUUCAUAAAUGCUUUAUAAAGAGACAAAUAUAUAUUUAAAGGUGAUUUGUUUCCCCUUGGCAAAGGCUAACACCUAUUUUCUACUGUACAUAUUGUAACUUCAACAGUAGGCUAGAUUGUGAAUCAAAGAAAAUGUAUUGCGUCUGACCAAUGCAUAUUCUACAACUCAUGUGUCUUAAUUAAAAAAAAACAAACCUUUUUGUUACAUUAGACAACAAGCUGGGUUUGAUAGUCAGUGUUAUUGGUUUCAAUGAAGGGUUUUUUGUAUUUUAUGUUUUCAUUUUCUAAUAAGUAUUGCCAUUUCAUUACAAUUUCUGAGGUAAAUACAGUAUGGUUUAACAAGAAUGGCCAUAUGUUUAUAAAUAAUAGACACUUAUGCUGUAUGGUAGAACGUUUCACUGUGUUUCUAACCUACUGUAUUUAUAUUUUGACCAAUUUUCACCAGUCUGUUAAAUAACUUUUAGUGUCCCCAAAUUAAGCAAUCCUCAUUUUUUGUUGUGCAUUACCUAAAUGCACAACACUAAUAAUUUCUUGUAGCUAUGAUGCAAUAUUUCAUUCAGCAAUUAUUUGUGUUAAAUGCAGUAUUGGAAAGUGUUUUUCCUUCUUCAGAGCAAUUUUGUUUAAAACUAAUGAGUUUUAAUUAAAUGUGCUGUUUUGGCAUUAAAGUUUUACUGAGACAAAUUUAUGUGCUAACAAUACAAACAGUGCUGUCAGCUUUAAAACAUUAUCUCAAGAUAUAUGGUGGAAACAUGUUUCUUUCAUUUAUAUUAUUUACUCAAGAGUACUUCAUUGACUUUAGAAAAAUGUUUUAAAAUAAAUUUAUGUAUGUCUUCAUUCUGUUUCCUUGUAAGUGUUAAAUGAACUCAGAUACAGUUACUUGAAUUAGAAAAAAAUAAAAACGUAAACAAACUGUGAGGGUUGGCAGCUAGUUUAGAAUUAUAUUAGUGUAUUAUUUUAGACUGGAAACAUAAUUAAAACAGAAUGCUCUUUAAUCCCUACAAUUCUUUUGGAUCAUUUGAACAAUAAAUACUAGCCAAGGUGUACUUUUGUUAUUGAUGUCAUCCCUUAUUUCACACAUUUAUGGAGUCACAAAAUAGACCCCAUAAGUAGCAGUCAACACUGGUUUUCCAUCACAGUUUGUCAGUGAUGUAGGCCAGCCGUUUGGAUAUAAAGGUAUUGCUGAAUAUCUCCUGUUUUUUUGCCUGGAAGUUAUGACAUAAAUGUCUAAUAGUACAAUAUCUGCAUUGCUAUUUAUUUAUUAGCUAUUCUUUCAGUUAUGUACCAGUCCAGAUCAAUCACAAAUAUGGUUGUUCGUCUAUGUACAUUGACCCCGGUCUAACCACAGAUGCACCUGCUCAGUCUUACAGUUACAUUCAUCCAACAUGUUUGCUCUUUGUUUUGUUUUUUGUCUCAAGGCUGUCUAAUUUGUGGAAGAGUUACUGUACUUUGUUUAAAUUCACCUGCAACACAGACACACACACACAUUGAUUUAUAUGUACUGUGAGGCUUUAAGAGGUCAAAUGAUCCAAGGUAAGUUAUCACCUCCCCCUUCUCUUUGUCUGACAGCGUUUUUUGAAUAAAGUCUUCUGUCUUUGUACUCACCAUCUCUAUGAGUAUCCCUGCCUUGAGCACUGGCUGACAACAUUAAAGAAAAUCUUUUCUUCAAAGAUAUCUGGCUUUUCACUUCCCAAAGAAAAUGUCUGGCUGGAAAAGCUAAACCGAGAUUAUUUUUGCUUUAACUCUGCCCUCCGUUUGCAGGAGCAAUAGAGAAAAGAGCGCACAAUCGGUAGAAAACUACUGAGGCUGUAACCAAGAUUAAAUAAACAUCUUAUCUUCUACCCUGGCCAUAGGCUUGGGUGUGGUACACAAGGUGAUAUAUGGGUUCUGUAGAAUAAAUGACGUGAUAUAUUGCCAAUAAUAAAACCAAUCUGUAAAUAUGUAUACAACUACAUUUUGUUCUUACUGUUGGAUUGAAAUAAAAUGGGAAAAAUAACACUGGAAAUUGUAGUAAAUAAAUAUAGUUAAUACAUUCUAA